GCUGUUUUGUUUUUUUGUUUCAGUGUUCAUGGAGCGAAUUCUGACGUUACUGAACUCCAUUAAGAUCACGCAGCAGAUUCACACAGACUACUUCUCUGUAUUGAUGAAAAAAAAUGAAGAUGCCCUUUUGGAGCAAGUGGACCUUCCCGAUCUACCAUUUUCGUCACUUUUUGCGUUCCAGCAAUUUGAUGAGGGGCUUCUUGUGGAUGCCAAAAAAAGGCGGGCUAUGAGGGAUCACAUUGCAAUACAAGGAGGCGACACAACCAAAGAGAAAACCUCACGAAUUCUUCGCACCAUCCUUGCACCAGCAGUGGCUACAGAGUUCAGUUGGUUUGGGGCCAAAGGCAAGAAAAAGUUUGUGGACACAAACAUCUGCAAGCUGAUGUGCACCACCCUAACAGACAAGCAAGUGUCUACCCAGGUGACCGCUACAAUAAAAGAAAUUGAGAAGUCUGCAAUGUCAUGGUUUAGACAUGCUGCAGAGAGGGCAGCUGCCUUGCAGAAGAAGAUGGAGGCCGAGAAGUGCUUCGAAAUGCCUGAUGAUCAUGCUGAGGGAUAGAGGAGUUUGUCACCACCCAGGAACCCAGGAGUUGUCUAAAAUGCAAA